UCUUUUUUCUUUUUUUUAUCUCUCUCUCUCUCUCUCUCUCUGUUAUCUCCUUCCUCUCUUUGUUCAGUAAAAAAAAAAAAAAAAAUAAUUCGCAAUUUCGGGCCAAACCGAUUCAUUUUCGUGUCCCGGAACUCGAAUUGAAAUUCGAUUCUUGAUUUUGUUAUCUCGUAGAUGUAGUAGAUGUAGAUGUGUAAACCCCCCUGAAUCCAUACGGGCUGUGAUUCCCCUCCGCGCCGGACAAUAAGUAAUAAUAAUAAGAAUAAUAAUAAUAAUAUAUACUCCUCCCCGCAUGUCAUUCGGGACUGCUUAGUUCUCUCCUUUGCUCGUUCUUCAUUUUUCAUUUUUCUUUUUACUCCCCCUUAAUUUUUAGCUUCUCUUCCAGCAUCCACCACUGCCCGUUCUUCUCGUCUUCUACUACCACUCCCCCCCUCCCCUUCUCUCCCUUCUCUCCCUUCUCCCAGUCCAUUGUAAGAAGAAAGUCCCGCCAAAGCUGUACUUUGUUCACAUUGAAACUGUCAAGACUAGACAAUCACUAGGGUUAUAACUAGACGAGACGUGAAAAUAUAGCAUAGAAUCGAAUCUGGUAAACCCACCCCACAAAUACAUACAGAAAAGGCAAAGAAGCGGACCUCCGGGGAGCAACAUGUCGGCUCUCACGGGCCGCUAUGCCCCCGACUAUGCUUCUUACAACUGGACCGGUGCGCCGGCAAACUUCACUUUCACAACCAAUUCGGACCUCGGGGGAGACUCUCGAAUCGAAAACCUAAACAAAUGGUUUCAGGCUGGCGAUCAGGCGUACAUAAUCGUCGCCUCAGCGAUGGUCAUGGUCAUGAUUCCCGGGCUGGGCUUCCUCUACUCCGGCCUGGCGCGGCGAAAAUCAGCGCUCAGUAUGAUCUGGGCAUGUAUGGGUUCCAUGUCUGUCGUGACUUUCCAGUGGUACUUCUGGGGGUACUCGUUGGCCUUCUCCCCGACCGCGACGAAUGGGUUUAUUGGCAAUCUAAGCAACUUUGGGCUCAUGAAAACACUCGCGGCUCCGAGUCCCGGCUCGCCGUUGAUACCUGGGCUGCUGUAUGCUUUAAAUCAGAUGCAAUUUUGCGCUGUGACUGCUGCCAUAAUAAUGGGAUCCGUGGCUGAGCGAGGUCGUCUGCUACCCGCCAUGGUGUUUACUUUCUUUUGGGCUACGCUCGUCUAUUGUCCCCUCGUGUGCUGGGUAUGGAAUGUCAAUGGGUGGGCUUACAAAUGGGGCGUCUUGGACUUUGCAGGCGGUGGCCCAGUUGAAAUCGGAUCCGGUCUAUCUGCGCUCGCGUACUCGAUGGUUUUGGGUCGUCGCCAGGAGCGCAUGAUGCUCAAUUUCCGACCACAUAAUGUUUCACUCAUUCUUCUGGGGACCAUCUUCCUGUGGUUUGGAUGGCUGGGUUUCAACGGCGGUUCGGCUUUCGGUGCCAAUCUGCGUGCUGUCAUCGCAACCUGGAACACUUGUUUGACCGCUAGCUUUGCGGCCAUGACCUGGGUACUCCUCGACUGGCGGCUCGCUCGGAAACUGUCCAUGGUCGGGUGGUGUUCUGGUACCAUCUCUGGUCUGGUCGCUGCAACUCCAGCCUCUGGUUUCAUUCCUCCGUGGGCUAGUGUGAUUCUGGGAAUAGUUACAGGAGUCGUUGCCAACUACAGCACCAAAAUCAAAUAUUGGAUCCGCAUCGAUGAUUCUAUGGACAUCUUCGCCGAGCACGGCGUUGCCGGCAUUGUCGGGUUACUCUUCAACGCCCUCUUCGCCAGCGAUGCCAUUGUCGGCCUCGACGGCGUAAACACAGGAACGGGUGUAGGGGGCUGGCUCAUUGGCAAUUACAAACUCCUAUACAUCCAGAUAGCGUACAUUUUUGCGGCAAGUGCGUACACUUUCGUAGUAUCCGCCCUGAUCGCCUACGGCAUCAACGCAAUCCCGGGUUUGAAAUUGCGUGCGUCAGAACAAGCGGAGUUUUUGGGAAUGGACGACGACCAACUGGGUGAGUUUGCGUAUGACUAUGUCGAGGUCCGCCGCGACUAUCUCGCAUGGGCGCCACAGAUCCAUGGGCAGAGUCAGGAGGGCCAGGACGAGUCCAGCGUUCACCUUCAUGGCACUAAUGAACACAGCGAGACGAUAAAGUCGAGCAUAGCGAUGAAUGGUCGACCAGUAUCGGCACCCACGCCUGCUAGAUCAGACAGCCAGCGUGACGAAAGCCCUCCCUCUGCUCCACAACCGGCUAUCGUUAGCCAUAGUGAAAAAGGAGAAGUGGGCUGAAUCUUUUCAUGUUUUUGUUUUGUCGUUUAUGCAAAUUUCUUCCUUUGCUUCCAUAAGUUUUCUUUUGCUUUUCAAGGAGCAGUAUGGGAUAGCAUAUCACUUUGGUUCGUCCAUUUCUGUUGGCAAUUAUCUCCGGUUAUGAUUUUUCCCUAAUUUAACCUGGCCUGUUAUUCUUUUCAUAGUUAUAUUAGUCAUAUUUUUUGAUGCUCCAUAUGCACGUACGACGAUUCGACACAAUUAAAAUCGAGUCUCGCUCCACACCUUGAUGGCCGAAGAUGACGACUCAAGGAGAGCAUAGAGCAAUCCCUGAUCCGCCGGGCAUCAGAGUCCUCCUACUAGAGCUCAUAUUUAAAGUUAGAAAAUACAAGGACAUGUUUAGUCCUUCGCAAGUUUUGAGUGGUGAUUAGGAUUGUUCUUAAACUCGAGGAGUCGAGUCAGGGUCCUGAUUAGACGCGGUAACAUUAACAACGGCCCGAGCUUCCGCGCGCUAAAGAGCACACCGGGUAGGUAGUUAAGCGACUUAUUCAAACCGUCAUCGAGAACAUGUGGUUCAACUCGAUCAUUUUUUCAACACCUAGCACAAUAGAGAUGGGAUGUGCUGCCAAAGGCGGAUGGGUGAUGUCAGAUAUACAUCAAGGUUACUUUGCGCAAGGAAUAUCAUAUCUUGAUGAGGCUGCGAGGGUUGGUCGACCCUUGCCGGAAGGAUAGCUAGCUUUCCUGCGUAAAUGGGCGCCCAGCUUGAUUGUUUGACAAGAAAUAUUGGGCGAUAUACAUAGCGUAUAGGGUAUGGGUGGAGAUAGGGAUGGGGAAUGGAACUUCUUCCCUUCGCGCUAGCUAUAGGUAGAAAUUGUAUAUAGUGCAAGCGCAAAUAUAUCAUUAUGACUCUCUCAGUGUGCAUUCC